AUGGCAGAAAGAACCUCGCCUCACAGAGAACUUGAUCUCAUCAGCAAAGUCGCAGUAAUCAGCGGUGCAUCCCGCGGCAUCGGCCGCGCCAUCGCAUUCAACUUGGCUUCACGAGGAUGCUCCAUCCUCGGCACCUGCGUUAGUGACAAGGGCGUCGAUGCUCUAUCAACAGGCUUGGACGAUGAGAUCACCCAACGUGUUUACAAAGACACGUCUAGAGAGCGUCCGCCAGGUCAACAGAUCAAAGGAAUUAUCGCCGAUGUAUUCUCCCCCGACUGCGCCAAAACAAUUGCCGAUGCACUUGAGAAGUCUUUUAAUGGUCGCGUCGAUAUUCUUGUGAACUCUGCCGCUGACCCGAUGCCUGGAGUUAUCGGCCAGAUGACCACGGAGGAGAUCCAACGAAGCCUUCUAGGUAAUGUCCAAGCCCCAGUUCAAAUCGUCGAAGAACUCGUCCGCCGAAAGCUCUUCCAGCCCAACAGUCGCAUCAUCUACAUAUCAUCAGUGCGCUCGCGCCUCCCAUGGGCUGACCAACUCAUGUACGCCGCUGGUAAAUCGGCUGGUGAGUCUCUGUGUCGAACUUGGUCACAAGCCUUUGGUGGAAAGGACGAUCGAUACGCCUUCAUGUCAGGGACAACUGCGAAUGCUGUCACAGCGGGUUUGACGGAGACUGACGCUGUUAUGGACUGUGGACCGGAGGUGGUCAAAACCUUUCAGGAUGAAUUCUUUCCCUUGCAGAGUAUACCCAAGUUUGGACAGCCCGAGGACGUGGCUGAUGUUGUAGGGAUGCUUUGUGGCAAUGAUGGACGAUGGAUUACUGGUUCUGUUAUUAGUGCGAGUGGUGGCUGUAUCAAGAUGCAAUAA